AUGCUAGUUCCAUCUCCCACACCGUCGGCACCAACCCCUGCAACUCCAGAUCACCAUCCAAAUCAUUGGGGAUUUCCCUUAGCCAAAGAUCAAGUAACAUUUAUUGAUCACAAUUGUAUCAUUGACACCAAGGGCUACCCACUUUAUCCCAACAACAACACCACAUUUGUAUUACAACCUGGCACCGAGAUUACCAACUUUGGUCCAGUAGGAUAUUUGAAGACCACCUCAUCUGAAAUUUCGAAGGACGGCCGUUGGAAAAUAUCUCGUGCUCACUGCCUCGGAGUUAUCAUCUGUGAUUGCGAAGGUUGUGAGUACGCUGGACCCACCCCUACAGGCCAAGGGAAGAUUGAGGAGCUCCUGCGCACGCCAUGCUGCCCAGCAGCCGAAUGCACAGGGAAGAUCUAA